AUGCCACCGCCUUUGCCCAGACCGCGGACGCCACUGCCUUUGUCCAGCCUGCAGACGCCGCCGCCUUCGCUCAGCCCGCAGCCGCGUUUGUCCAGCUCGCCGACACCACCGCCCCUUCGGCAGACCCACCACACGUUUGGGUUCGCACUCGGCGGCUACGGCCACUUGGUGACGGGAUCCAAGUACGGCGGCAGCAACGCCUACGCCACGACAUACACCGACGCCUUCGAGCGGUAUGAUCCCGCCUCGGGUCAGUGGAGCGCUCUCGGCCCCUUCCCUGGCGGCGCGCGCAGCUACGCGAUCGGCGACGUUCAUCCCUCGCUCGCGUCGGUCUACUUUGGAUUUGGCAGAUCGGCGACGGUCAUCUUUCGCGACCUGUGGCGAUACGACGGCACCUCGUGGACGCAGCUUGCCUCCUGCCCACCGGGGUGCGAGCGAUUCCACCCCGCGUUCGUCGCGCUGCAGACGAAGGUCUUUGUGGCGGCGGGCUCUAGCUAUGGCGGAAACUUGAAGAGCGCGUGGGCGUACGACAUUGCGCGGGACGAGUGGGAGCAGCUGCCCGACCUGCCCGGCAUGGCGCGUCACCAUCCCUACCAGUUCCUCGCCGCGGGGCAACCGCACGUGUUCGGCGGUCACGGCAACGGGAUCUACCGCGAUUUGUUCCGCUGGACGCUCAACGCUGGCACGGACAGUUGGGAGCGGCAGGUGACGCUGCGGGCCUCGCUGCCCUCCGGCGCUGAGGGCCGCGUAGCGGGCACGCAGUUCAGCGCGGGCGGCAGCGGCUACGUCCUCUCCGGCGACGGGCAGGACCACCGCUCGAUGGUGCAGGGCGAGUUCUGGCGGUACAACGCGGGCACCGACUCGUGGGAGCAGCUCCCUUCCCACCCAGGCGCCUCCCGGCCCGCGCGCGCCGUUGCGCGCGCCUCGCGCUGGGCGCCCGCUUCCUUUGUGCUCGGCGGCUUCGUGUACUUGUACAACGGGCUCCAACGGCUGCCAGGCGAGGACCCCUUCUAUCCAACCACGGCCUACCGCUUCCAGCUCCCGCUCUAG